CCCCCCACACUCAGCCCUCAAGCUAGGCUGAGCUGUGCCUACGUCGGCCUCGACUCCCGGGGGCUGGAGGAGUUACCUUUGGAGCCCGAAAGGAGGAAGGAAGCAAAAUAUCAACAACAGCCGAGGCGGCCCGGGCACUCGGCCCCGGUCCCUUCGCUUGCCCGCCGCCCGCCGGCCCGCCCCCGCGCCCAAGACGGGGGCCCAGGCCCCCCGGCGCCGCCCAGGCCCCGCGCGGACUCCGGCCUCAUUUGUUAUUCCCUCCGCCCGGAGCCGCGGCUUCGCAGUGUUGAAGAUCCCCCGGACGAGGGGCGAAGACUGUCCCCUUCCUGCCGUGACACCCCUUUUCCCCCAGCGGGGCUGACAUUCCCUGAGCUCCUUACAGGGGUAGAGUAGUGAGAAACUGACGCGGUUCCUGCCCUCAGCAAGCUUCAGUCUCCUGGGGAGCCAGACUGGAAAUAGGAGCACAGAAUGGAGGCCGUGCAGUAGGCGCCCUGCAGACCAUGAACUGAGCGCCGGUCCCAGACCGUUCAUGAGCACAGCGUAAGGUGUGCCGUCGCCCACCACCCAGCAAGCCCCUCCCCUCCCUGGCACUGAGGAUCCCCGGAGAAGAUGGGGAGGAAAAAGAUUCAGAUUCAGCGAAUCACCGAUGAGCGGAACCGGCAGGUGACAUUCACCAAGCGGAAGUUCGGGCUGAUGAAGAAGGCGUAUGAGCUGAGCGUGCUGUGUGACUGCGAGAUCGCGCUCAUCAUCUUCAACCACUCCAACAAGCUGUUCCAGUACGCCAGCACCGACAUGGACAAGGUGCUGCUCAAGUACACGGAGUACAACGAGCCGCACGAGAGCCGCACCAACGCCGACAUCAUCGAGACCCUGAGGAAGAAGGGCUUCAACGGCUGCGACAGCCCCGAGCCCGACGGGGAGGACUCGCUGGAGCAGAGCCCCCUGCUGGAGGACAAGUACCGGCGCGCCAGCGAGGAGCUGGACGGGCUCUUCCGGCGCUACGGGUCAGCUGUCCCGGCCCCCAACUUUGCCAUGCCUGUCACGGUGCCCGUGUCCAACCAGAGCUCCCUGCAGUUCAGCAAUCCCAGCGGCUCCCUGGUCACCCCUUCCCUGGUGACGUCGUCCCUCACGGACCCGCGGCUCCUGUCCCCCCAGCAGCCAGCACUACAGAGGAACAGUGUGUCUCCCGGCCUGCCCCAGCGGCCAGCUAGUGCAGGGGCCAUGCUGGGGGGAGACCUCACCAGUGCAAACGGAGCCUGUCCGAGUCCCGUCGGGAACGGCUACGUCAGUGCCCGGGCUUCCCCCGGCCUCCUCCCUGUGGCCAACGGCAACAGCCUCAACAAGGUCAUCCCUGCCAAGUCUCCGCCCCCGCCCCCCCACGGCGCCCAGCUCGGAGCCCCCAGCCGCAAGCCCGACCUGCGGGUCAUCACCUCCCAGGGAGGAAAGGGGUUAAUGCAUCACUUGACUGAGGACCAUUUAGACCUGAACAAUGCCCAGCGCCUUGGGGUCUCCCAGUCUACCCACUCACUCACCACCCCAGUGGUUUCCGUGGCAACACCAAGUUUACUCAGCCAAGGCCUCCCCUUCUCUUCCAUGCCCACUGCCUACAACACAGAUUACCAGUUGACCAGUGCGGAGCUCUCGUCCUUACCAGCCUUCAGUUCGCCUGGGGGGCUGUCGCUAGGCAACGUCACCGCCUGGCAACAGCCCCAGCAGCCCCAGCAGCCGCAGCCGCCGCAGCCACCGCAGCCGCAGCCACAGCCGCCGCAGCCCCAGCAGCCGCAGCAGCCGCCACAGCCCCCUCAGCAGCAGUCCCACCUGGUCCCCGUGUCGCUCAGCAACCUCAUCCCGGGCAGCCCCCUGCCCCACGUGGGUGCAGCCCUCACGGUCACCACCCACCCCCACAUCAGCAUCAAGUCGGAACCCGUGUCCCCCAGCCGAGAGCGCAGCCCUGCGCCACCCCCUCCAGCUGUGUUCCCCGCUGCCCGCCCGGAGCCAGACGACAGCCUCAACAGCCCAGCUGGGGGAGCCUACGAGACGGGGGACCGGGAUGAUGGCCGGGGGGACUUCGGGCCCACGCUGGGCCUGCUGCGCCCAGCCCCAGAGCCCGACGCUGAGGGCUCAGCUGUGAAGAGGAUGCGGCUCGAUACCUGGACAUUAAAGUGAUGGUUCCCACUCCCUCCCCUCAGCCUCCCUGACGAAGAGUUGACAAUCUCACCGCCCACCCUCCCCGCCUGGGCUCCUCCCGCUCGACCCCCACUUCCUUUCUUGUGCUCCGUGUCCUGUUGACGGUUACAUUUGUGUAUAAUUAUUAUAUUAUUAUUAUUAUUAUUAUAUUUUUUUUAAUUUGGAUUCUCGCUUUGGAGAGGGGAUGCUCUCGUUCCCUCUUUCUCCACCUCCCCCCGUUUUCACUGGCUGGGGGCUCUCUUUUUUGCGGGAAGGGGGGGACACUUUGCACGUUGUACACAUAUGCUGCAGGAAGGGGGUGGGGGCCCAGUAGGCCUUGGGGAAAGGACAGGUGCCGAGCCCACCCCAUCCCCCAGAUAGAGGGAAAUAACCAAAAAAAUUACCAAACAACAACAACAAAAAAAAACCCAUACAAUAGACUGAAACCCCAAAGUUGGCUUGAUGAGUAGGUUUGUGUUACAAGGGGAGAGUAAGGCACAGGUUCUGAGUAGGAUCUCUGCUUCUGGACUGUUGCCAUGACCCCAGGCACGCCUGGCCCUGAGCGCCGUGCACGCAGGUGCACGCACACAGCUCAUGCUCACUGAUCCUUGUGUGUGCUGCACCCCCGAGGGACGUGGGUGCCUUUGGGUGGGGCAGACUGCCUGGGGAUCCGAGGCUGGGGGCAGGAUUUCAGGUGGGACCUGUCUGGAAGCACAUUUGGAGAGAGAGAGAGCCAUGAGGAGAGGGCUGGGGGGUGGCGGUAGGGCCAGAGAAGGGCUAGGCCAGGUAUGGGUCGGGCCCCUCCCUCCCCCAGCUUUUCUCUAAGAUACACAGUGCAAUAGCUCCCCAGCCCUCGCUGGUCGCCGGCCCCGUGAAGCUGGCCACCACGUGCGGGGAGAAUCUGGGAGAGGAACUUUAGUGAGGGGGCUGGUGGGGAGAGGCAUGAGAAUGGGCCUUGGGCCUCCCUGGGGUGCCUGAGGGCCAGAACCCUUCCGUGGGACGAGGGCGGAAAGGGAACCUGGUCCACCCUGCACCUGAGCUUAGAGAGGAAUGGCCACCAGGACAGACUGCAGAGGCCCAGGUCCCUAUGGGUGGGGUCCAGUCUGUAGGGGUCCACUUCCCUGCCUCCUCCUGGGCCCCUCCUCCUAGCUCCCUCUGCUCCUGACCCAACCCCCCCGCUCUUGGCACCUCCCUGGUCGUCUGGCUACCUCCUUGUCCCACCACCUCCAGGCCGCACCCCACCUUCCCUCUUGGCUACUGUAAUUGUAAAUAGCGACCUUUGGAAAACGUUAGCGGUGUACCAGUCCAGGAAACUGUUGUUGUUGUUGUUGUAUUGAUAUGAAAUGAGAAUCUAUUUUUGUCACAGUAUAUUGUAAUAAUAACGACUCAAACGGCCCGAACUGUCCAGAGGCGAUCUGCUGUUGUUCUUGCUCCCCACCCCCAAGGCUGCGAGGGGCCCGAUCUGAGAUCAUCCUGGAGGGGUGGGGGGCAGCCUGUGCUCCACCACCACCCCCGCCAGGGACCGGGCCUGGAGCGACAGGGGCUGGCAGGCUGGAAUCUGCCCCAUUCCUCCGGGCAAGCCCCAUCCUCUGCUUGGGGUGCAGCGCUCCCUUGGGUGUCCUCCCAGUUGGCAUUGGCGAGUAGAGCCACAAGGCCCAGGAGUGUGGUAGAUGACCGUCCUUGGUUGCCCCAGGGACCUGGCCUCGCACAGUAUUCUGACACUUGGCGCAGGGAAGAAACCAGAGCAGAUGGGUGUGUGUGACCACACCGGCCCUGAGCGUGUUCAGGAGGGCAUCUGGUAUUUAUGUGUCUGAGUGUCCCUUUGUAUUUAUGUGAGUGUGUCUCUGUGUGUGUGUGUGUGCGUGUGUGUGGUUGCAGGGCUGUCCCUCUGUGUGUCUCUGAGCCUGGCUGGGUGUGGCUGCGUGUGUCUGUGUGGCUGCUGUGUGUUUACAAAGGGGUGGAGGCUGUCCCUGCUCCCCGCUGCACGGGCUGGCUUCCGGCUCUGAGACCCUGGCUCCCUCCUUCCCACCCCGCCCCGCCCUCAGCUCUGACCGACCACGUGCAACUGCAGGGAGGGGCUUUGGCAGAGGCCCUCUGCUUGGCCCUACAGCCUACCUCUGCGGGAGUCAGGGGCUCCGCCAGGAGCCUUUGCCUCCACACACAGGUGCCCUGCUCCCCCCAGCUCGUCCUGCUUGUAGAGCAGCACUCUCUAGGUCCUGGGCCUUGCCAAGCUCUCCCUUGCUCACGGCAGACCCCAGCCGCUCCCCGUGCCAGGACCCAGCAUGUCCAGCACCCCAGCCCGCCCCCCGCAGGGUGUGUCCAGGGCUCAUGAGAUGUAGUCAGGCCCUGGAAGAAGCCAGGUGCAGCGCUGCGCAUGCAUGCAUCCCAGGACCCUGCCCAGUGCCUGGCACACAGUAGGCGCUCAAGAAAUGCUGAAUGGUGAGUGGGUAAAUGAUAGGUGCUCAAUAAAUGUUGAACGACCGGCCUUCCCUACUCAGGCUGUUCCCGCCAUUCGUCUGCCCGCCUCGCCAGGCCGGGCUUGGCCACCGUUAAACACGGGGCAGGGCUCAGGCCCUGCAGUUCACGGUGCAAUAUUUACCAGUUUUGCCCUCUGCCUCCUAAGGCAAACCUGGCUUUAGAUGACCGUGUGUGGAUGUGUGUGUGCGUGUGUCCUUUCUUUUCUGUCCCUGGAGGGGGGCUGUCUAUGAAUGAGUAGAUGACAUUUCUACAAUUCAGUAUCCCAAGGUUUCAGGGUCUGGGGUUGGGGUGGGUUAGGGGCUCCUGGCCGGCCAGAUGAAUGGGUUCCUGGGAACCCAGCCUCCAGUGGGGACUUGACUUCUUAUUCCUCCCACAAGCCAAAUUUGCCUCCACCCACUCCCUCUGAAGAACUGGGCAUUUGCCAAAGUAACCACUGGAGUCGUCCAAUGCCCCUCCCUCCCCAGGUUUCCCACAGCUUCAGGGACAGAGAGCAGGAGGACCCCCUCCCCGGCUCCCCUUCCCCAGCAGUGCACUGCCCCCGCCCGCCCGGCCCUCCCACCUUGGACAGGAAGGAAGCAAUGCACCUUCUCUUGCUCAUUAUUUAUUUGUUUGGAGAGACAGAAGCGAUGUAAGUGUAUCUAGAAAUAUCUAUAUCUCUAUAUAUUUUUAACUGACUUUGGAAUCCCCUGGGGUGGGGUGGGGGUGGCGUGGGCUUUUCCUGGAGGGGAGGAGACAGGGAGCCUGGGAACUCCUUGUUCACUCUCCUGCCUCUCCCCACACCCUGAACAGUUGGUAGAAGGAAUGGGAUUUGGGGGGAGGGGGCUGGAAUGUUCCAUGGAGAAUCUGGAUUCUCUCCUCUUCCCCAGCAAGUCCCAGAGGGCGGGAGGGGGUAGGGGAGAGGGAAGGAGGGGUGGGGCAGGCCAUGGAGGUGCCCCACCCCCACACCCGACAAUCACCCACACUCCUGGGGCUGCUCCUGGGUCCUGGGGCAGGGCGAGUCCAAGUGUGUGGCUGUUGAUUUGUUUUCAAUAUUUCUUUUCGUGCUGUAUGGUGAUGCUUUCUUAGUAUUCUACACAAUAAGAAAAGACAAAGUCCUCGAGAUUCUUAUGAGUUUUGUUUGAAAACUCUUUCACUAUAUUUGUUGUAAAGAGGUUUACUAUUAAAAGAAAA